ACGAAGUCCCACCCCCAACCGCAGUGUCCUCUCCACCCCAACCUAAGCAGCUCCCCGCUCGCCUCCCUCGGGCCCAACCCCAGGAAGUCAGAUGUCCUUGUCCAGCAGGUCGUUGGGCUCGGGGCGAUGGACGAAGAGGAAGUGGUCCCGGCGCAGCCAGCUGCAGGACGCGGCCUCGACGGCGCUGCGCCGGGCUCUGCUCAGCGAGCGCGCGCGUUCCUGGACGAAGGUUGUUGAAUAUUACACUGAACUACUGGACAUUCUAAACCAAGUGGAAGUAUAUCAGAUAUCUGACCCUGAUGUUUCUUUAGCCCAAUUGCUUUAUGAGAGUCAUUUUCACUUAGCAGUAGCUCUCCAAAACCUGAAUCUCCACAGGAAAGCCAUACAGCAAUUAGAAAACGCUGCGGCGAUUGCCUCCAUACCAAAGAACGGCUGUAAUGUUGGUUGUAAAUAUGAGACUUUCUUUCACACACCAAUAUUUUCAAGAAUGGCAUAUUCUCAUGCAGCAUGUGGACAGAUGAAAGAAGCAAUAAAGGAUGCUAACAAAGCCAUUUCUUUGGAUAAUCUGAACCCAGAUGUAUACUGUGUUCGAGCGCUCGUGUGGAACUCAUGCAAAGAAACCAAAAGAGCCAUUUAUGAUCUGAACUGUGGCCUCAGGCUAAAUCCUUCUCACAUUUGUACCUUAAUACUAAGAGGGGCCAUCACCAAGUCUAUUGCAAAUGAAAAUGAGCAGUGUGAUGAGAAUAAAGAUCAUGAAAAGGUUUGUAAAAUAUGCCCGACUAAUAAGCGUUUCUUGGAUGUUACAGACUUCAGUAGCCCUAAAAUGGCUGAUUUCUAUGACAAAUUCUUGUGGUCUCUGGAUGUCCCUCACACCAUCACAGUGGUAAAACUAUCAGAAAGGCAAACUUCAUCACUCAGCAUUACAUCUUCUGAUCUAGAUUCUGAAGAGCAAUGGUAAACAAAGAAAAGAACAAGAAGUAGGAUGAGGAGAAAUGGAAGGCCAUCGUGUAUGUCUCAUGCCAAGAGUCAUUCAUGUGUUUUGCUCUGCAACAGCAUUUUCCUUGGAAAAUAGAUAAAUUCAGCUGCUAUUUCCACCAGGCAAAUUAUAUCACAGCAACCAUGCUAU